AUGAAAAUUGUUAUCCAAAGAGUGAAAUCGGCUUCUGUCACAGUCGAUGAAGAAUUAAUUUCCUCUAUUGGGCGUGGCCUACUUGUAUUUGCAGGUAUCGGGCAAGAUGAUACCGAGAAGGAAGCAGAGAAUCUUGUGAAUAAGGUACUCAAGGCAAAAUUCUGGCCAGAUGAGAAUGGCACACAGUGGAAGAAGAAUGUCCAAGAAAUUGAAGGCGAGGUCCUUUGUGUAUCCCAGUUCACUCUCUAUGGAAAGAUGAAGAAAGGCAACAAACCCGACUUUCACGAUGCAGCCAAGCCCGACGUUGCCCGCAAACUCUACGAUCACUUCUACAACAAGAUGAGCUCCUCAUAUAAACCUGAACGAGUGAAGAAUGGUGUCUUCCAGGCGAUGAUGGAGGUGGAGUUGAAAAAUGAUGGGCCAGUGGGUGUUGACUACCGCAGUGAAGACGCGGCGGUAUAUAUUGCCUUCCUGGCUUUUGCCCUUUUCGCGUCAUUAACGACCUGGAUGCUAACACCUUCUUAUCUUCAGGUCACAAUUGAGAUUAAUACCAAUCUCCCGAAGAAGGAGCCGAAAGAGCCCAAAGAAUCCAAGGCUGACGACAAAGAUGAAGAGCCGAUCAACGGGACAUUUGAAUUCAAAAUUCCUCCAGAGUUACUGCAAUGA